AAAGUAAGAGGGCAGCGUUAAGCUCUUAGGACUGUUAGCUCGUUUGUAAACAACUUGAUGUUUUUGUUGAUAUGCGGAUGUAAUUUGUGACAAUGCACGUACCAACAUCAAACGUAUUUCCACGAAUAUUAUACUGGCUUCUGGAGAAAUUGUGCCGGCACUAAUUCGCAUAGUACCCGAUGAUAAUUAUUGAAUAAUUAUUUAAAUGUACUAAAGAAAAUUGAGACUAUAUCGUAUCAGAGAAAAUUAAGACGCAAGUAACAAUUUUGUGCACACUUUUUUUUUUUUUUUUUUUUGAAGAUGUUUGGCACCAUUUCAACACUACGGCAUUGCAACAAACCGUAACCUUAAUUGUACUAUUAAGACCGCUCACUACUGUGCUACACGACAAGAGACGAAAACUCUGUUGUUAACUUUAAGCAUUAUAAUGAAACUAAACACACAAAUAUCUCUGGUACAAAUUCAUCGGAGGCGGCGUCAGCAGGUGGUGAAUAUCUGCAGUAGAAUUUUACAGCUACGACUUUGAACUGUCUGAAGAGAGACCUCGGUAAAGAAAUUCUGGUCAGUACAGCUAAUCACCAUGCAGACAACAAUAGUCGAAUGCCACAGAUCUGUAACUCCAGAUGAAGAUGCAACAUCUGAUCAGUUUCAUCAGCUCUGCAGAUUUUGUGCAAAGAAGAACAGCUGUAUGAUGCCCAUAUUCAGAGGACAAGGACUUACUGAUGACUUACCAUCAAAAAUAAAAGCAUAUGUGCCAGUUGAGGUUUCUGAGGAUGACACCUUACCUUUACAAAUCUGCAGCCCUUGUGUUCAGUGCCUUACAAUGUGGCAUGAAUUUAUCACUGGCUGUCUAAAAGCAGAUGAAAACUUAAGAGUCACUUAUCAAGAAAUACUGAAAGCUAAAGCUGGUAGAGAUGGUUCUAAGUCUGUUUCAGAAGAGAGAGAUAAUCAACAAAUUGCAGAGGCCGGGACUCCUGUUCAACAACAAGACAAAAUGUCUCUCAGUACAGUGGAAAUGACAAAUGAAAAUGAGGCUGACACUACUCCAGAGACUGGAUCAAAUGAGAGGUCAAGAGAACUGAAGAUACCAACUGUUGAUGAAUCUGCAGUAAUCAAACGAGAGGGAAAGGAUAAUGCAGCUGCUCAGUUAACUGUAGGAGAAAGUUCAGUGGUAUCAGAUACUAAUGGAAUACUUAUUUAUUCAAUCUAUGUUGCAACAGAAGGUGGAGAAGACGAAUACUAUCUAUGUGAUGUUACUGGGGAGAAAGGAGAUAUACACAUCACAGAAAAUGCAACAUUGGCUAGAAAAUGUGAUGGAAUAAAUGUACUAGAUAAAGUACUAACAGAAAAUGGUACAGUGGCUACAGAUGACACUGCCAUGAGUGAUCACAACUACAUAAAAUCAGAUUAUGUGGUUCAACAGAGUACCAGUGAAGAAAAUAGAGAAAGAGAAGUAGUGAGUCAACCCCUCUUUAUUUUCAAAUGUGUUAAAAGUCAACUUGGUAAAAGUGGUAGAAAGUGUCAUUCAAAGUUAGUUCAAGUAAGGAAAAUUAUUUCUUGUCCACACUGUGGAAAACAAUUCAGAAAUGAGGCUGUGUUUCUGACUCACAUGAGAAUUCACACUGGUGUUACUCCAUUUUACUGUAGAUAUUGUGGGAAAAGCUUUCGGUUGUCACUGUCACUUAGAAAACACAUGGACUCUUGUAAAAAUAUGGGGAAAGGGCCAUUUUCUCAUCCGCUUACUUUAACAAACAACCGUUUUGUGUGUACACUUUGCAGAAAAAAUUACAAGUUGAAGUCAAGUCUUAAGCAGCAUAUGAGAAGUCAUUUUGGUACAUUGAAAGCAAAACUAAAAUGUGAAAUUUGUGAAAUGAAAUUUUGUCGCAAGGCAGAACUUCUAGAACACAAGCGGCAGCAUCCAGAAUCCCCACCCAAUAUUUGUGAAAUUUGUGGUAAGCUCUUUUUGCACGAGAAAGAUCUAAGUGAACACCAUAUCAGCCAUAGUGAAGAUCGACCGUUUGAAUGCUCUCUUUGUGGCACCUGUUAUAAACGAAAAUCACAUUUGUCUCGUCAUUUGAGUAAAGGCUGUUCCCAAAAGCCUAACAAAAGGAGAACUCAUGUGAAAAAACUAGGUAAAGAAUUUAUAUGUGGUGUUUGUUUCAAAGUGUGCAAAAGCCAAAAGCUCUUGCUGCUGCAUAAUAUAAGUCACACAGGUGAAAAGAGAUGGCAAUGCUCCCAGUGUGAGAAAAGAUUUGCCCAGUCAGGGGCCCUACACCGACAUAUUCGUACUAUUCAUGGUGGUGUAAGGGAUUUUAUUUGUAAAGUGUGCCAUCGAAGCUUCACUGCAAAAGCCACCCUCCUGAAUCAUUCUCGAAUUCAUACAGGUGAGAAGCCAUUCCUUUGUCAGUACUGCCCAAAGACAUUUCGGACACAACAACAACAUAGGCUUCAUCAAGUUGUCCAUACAGAUGCCCGGCCACAUUCGUGUACCUAUUGUUCAAAAACUUUCCGGCGCAGGCCUCAUCUUGUGGUACAUAUACGUACUCAUACUGGAGAGAAACCUUAUCCAUGUCCAGAGUGUGGGAAAGCAUUUGCUCAGAAGAACGACAUGACAAAACAUCUCAAUACUCACAAGAAGUUUCAGUGAGGGACUUUGAAAAUAUAUAAAAAACUAUAUCAAUUUAAUAAAUAUUGUAAUCCCUUAGAAUCAGACACAAUAAAGAACAAAUGUGAACAAUAAA